AUGAAGAUGUUUAUAAUGUUGAUUAGCUGUUUGGUUCUUGCCCGUUUAAACGCCUGCGUUGGGACCGGUCAGCCUCUUGUACCGGCUCUAAUCAUUAUGGGAGAUUCAGUGGUCGACGCCGGUAACAACAAUCGCCGCACUACCCUCGUCAAGGCCAAUUUUCCACCCUACGGACGCGACUUCUUCGCCCACAAUGCCACCGGCCGUUUCUCUAACGGGAAACUCGCCACCGACUUUACCGCUGAGAAUCUAGGGUUCACUUCUUACCCCGUGCCGUACCUCAGCCAAGAAGCAAACGGGACAAAUUUGUUAACCGGAGCCAAUUUCGCCUCCGGUGCUUCCGGUUUUCACGACGGAACUUCCCUAUUAUACAACGCAAUCACAUUGAACCAGCAGCUGAAAAACUACAAAGAGUACCAAAACAAAGUGACCAACAUUGUGGGAAGAGACAGAGCAAACGAGAUAUUCGCUGGCGCCAUUCAUCUUCUAAGCACCGGAACAAGCGAUUUUCUUCAAAGCUAUUACAUUAACCCGAUCCUAAACCGGAUUUUCACGCCUGACCGAUACUCUGAUCGUCUCAUGAAAUUCUAUUCCACCUUUAUCCAAAAUUUGUAUGGAGUAGGGGCUCGAAGGAUUGGAGUAACGACUCUACCGCCGUUGGGUUGUUUACCGGCGGCGAUAACGUUGUUUGCUGGAGCAGGGGACAAUAACUGCGUCGAAAGACUAAACCGGGACGCUGUUUCCUUCAAUACCAAACUCAACAACACGUCUAUGAACUUGACCAACAACCUUCCCGGUCUGAAACUGAUCGUCCUCGACAUAUACAAUCCUCUCUUGAACAUGGUUAUGAACCCUGCCGAGAACGGUUUUUUUGAAGCAAGAAGAGCUUGCUGUGGAACCGGAACAAUGGAAACUUCCUUCCUAUGCAAUUCAAGAUCGGUUGGUACAUGUUCGAAUGCUACCAGUUACGUGUUUUGGGACGGUUUUCAUCCAUCCGAAGCAGCCAAUCGUGUUCUCGCAGCCAAUCUUCUUGUCCAAGGGAUCCCUCUCAUUUCCUAA